AUGUCCGUUUGGCGCCGAUACGUGCUUGACGAAGGCUUAAACAAAUACGCCACUGGUUGGGUGGACAACCUGCCAGAAUCUUACGGCAGUAAGGCGAACACAAGUGUAAAGUUCUUUGAGUUUGGUAAGGGCGACACGGGUUGCACAGCUACAAGGCAGAAUCAGACAACGGCGAAGACAACAUUCUGCAUCAGCCAAUGGAUGAAGGAUUACCUGCCUGGAGCAUAUCAUGUCACAGCCAACACUGCUUACGCGGAGAACGCCGAUGCGAGCGAUUUUGAGCCAAUACCGGACUUCCAAGUGGCAGACGCAGAUGUUAUCUUAAUCUCCAUCUUCAACAAAGCUGUAUACAAGGGCAAGGUCAGCGAUCCGUUAUUCGAAGCGCAUGUACCUGUUGAGGGCAACAGCCAGUUCUACGCGCCUACAAACGAACUUGCAGUGCUUGGGUGCACCGAGCAAUAUCAAUUCUGCCAGCCCAUGACACAAAAGUGUACAAAUCUCAGCGGACUCUAUGCGGUCCUGAAUGCUGUCAACCGAGGUGAUAUCGGACUUACAGGGCGCCAGCGAUCCACGUUCUCCGUCGUAUGGGAGGCAGCAUGGGGCAUGUCCAUGCAAUGGACAAUCAGACUGAUCAACGAGCGUGUGCUUCUAGCCCAGAACUGGGCUUUUACCGUAAUCGCCUCAGGCUCGUCCGCACUCCCUCCAAACCAGUGGCAACAGGAAUCGUCCAACUUGCACAACCUUAGUCUCGCCGUGUUCCAACAUCGAAUCAACCAAUACGCCUCGCCUGAAAACUUCGAGUUAUCGCCAGGAGUACGCGCAGACGCCAAUCUCGAUAGCCCAACGGACCCGAAUCUUCUACAACUUUGCAAGAGCCAACGAGUAUUGAGCCCGCGACACUACAGUGUCAGUGUGCUGGGAAUGGCUAUCAUACUCUCUGUUGGUACGCUCCUCAUCAUUCUCGACCAGUCGGUGGAGUCGAUCUGGUUCCGCUACUUCAAUCCGCGCUGUGGGCUUGCAAAGAUGGCCGAGUGGACGCAGACUGGCACAAUGCAGCUACAUAGGCAGACAGUCGAGGCUCGGGGCAUUGGGCCAUGGGAUCGGAAGAACCAUGACUUUCCGGUGAUUGGAUCGAAAGGAAUGACCUUCAUUGGACUAGGCGCUAGGGAAGAGAUGAUCGGGCAAACGAAAGACGACAACAAGACGCAAUAUGAGCUGAUGGAGGAGGAGAUAUCGCUGGAUGAGAGGAGUGCCCAGAGUAAGAAGUUCUAG